AUGCGCCAGCAAGAAAAUCCGACUACGGAUCCUCCAGAAUCAGAACCAGAGAUGGACGAGAAGUUCGACACGAGAGACCUGGAGUCGGGGCCGCCACCUUAUGGUUCAUGCGACCAGAAUGGUGUUCCAGCGUAUUGCCACUCCUGCACCGACCAAAGCAGCAGGUUCCAAGAGGACAAUAUAGACGACGAGGACCCCGAGAACGAACACAAGCGUGGGUGGGAGUUUCGUGUUGUGUUGCUCGUUGCCUACGUUGUUAUUGCCUUGGUUAUCUUCACGCUUCUGCACACCGCUCCGACUCCCAGCAAUGCCUAG